CUCGAAGGCUGCUUUGAUCUUCGUCUUCCUCAAAUCUCACUGUAGGGUUUUUAGGGGUUAAACUUAUUACUCUCUCUCUGCAAUCAUGGAGUCUCUAGGAAAGUUACAGCUUCAUCAACAACCAAAUCACCUCUCUGUCACUCACUUCUCUUCACCUUUCCCAAAAAACAUAUCCUCCAUCUCUUUCAGAUCCUUACCCAAAUCAACUCCAUCCUUCAAAUACGCUUCCAUCAAAGCUUCCUCAUCCAAAUCUCAAAACCCUAAUCUCUCAUUCCUCAAAUCCACCUGCGUCACCGUCACCACCGCAGCAGCGCUCUUCCUUGCGAAUCUCCACCUCAAACCUUCCCCGGCGAUUGCAGCUCCCGUCACACCGACGCCGUCUGUAGAAUCUCACAAACAGAGUAACGGAGAGCAUUACACUUACCAAGACAUAGAGAGAUCGAUCGAAGAGCAUCUCGUUUCUCACCCUGAAGACGUGCAAUGUCUACGAGGUUUGGUAGAGAUAAAGAUCAAAUCUCAGAAGCUAACAGAAGCAAUAGAGUUGAUCGAUAGGUUGCUUGAACUUGAACCAGAGGAGAAAGAGUGGCCGAUUCUUAAAGCUAACAUCUUUAUUCACAGUGGUGAUUUUGACUCUGCUAAAAAUGGAUUCGAAGAGAUUAUAGCUAAGGAACCGCUUCGUGUCGAGGCUUACCACGGCUUAGUUAUGGCUUAUUCAGAUUCUGGUGAUGAGUUGAGUUCUGUGGAGAAGAGAAUUGAGGAAGCAAUGGUGAGGUGUAAGAAAGAGAAGAAUCUUAAGGACUUGAGGGAUUUUAAGUUACUUGUAGCGCAGAUUAGAGUUGUUGAAGGGAAGCAUAACGAGGCGUUGAAGCUGUAUGAGGAGUUAGUGAAGGAAGAGCCGAGAGACUUUAGGCCGUAUCUAUGUCAAGGGAUUAUAUAUACGGUGUUGAAGAAGGAAGAUGAGGCUGAGAAGAAGUUUGAGAAGUUUAGGAGACUUGUUCCUAAGAAUCAUCCUUACAGACAGUAUUUUAUGGAUAAUGUUGGUGCUACUAAGCUCUAUGCUGAGAAGGCAAAAAGUGAGAUGGCUGGAUCAAAGAGUUAAGAAAAUUUGGAACUCUGAUGAUUGUUGUCUUACACAAAUAGGUAAUGUGGUUUUUGUUGGUUUUGUUCUGCUGCUUAUGGUUUUAUUAGAUGGUUUUGUAGUAGGUAGUUUGAGAAUGGAUUUGAUAAUCAAGAUCGUGUGUUGUUGUAGCAUCUGUUGAAUACUCAAUAUUGGAAUCUUGAAUCUCCUGCAGUUUUUUUUGUUGUUGUUGUUGUUGUUGAGAAUUGAGAUGUGUAAUGCACACAUCACGAGUGUAAAGUGGACAAUAUUCCUGUGAGAAUUGCUUAGAAACUUUGCUUAUCUUCA